AUGGCUGAUCGGCACGCCGGCACCGGCCAAACCCAGAGAGCAACAAGACCCACCACCAACGGCCCUGGAGGUGCAUUUCUGCGUAAACUCCAUGAACAUGCACCGAACUCAACCCAGCUCCUCGGUUUCUUGACCCUCAUCAUCUCCGGAGGCAUCUUGCUCCUCCUCACCGGUCUAACCAUCACCGCCGUUGUUAUGGGUAUGAUCUUCUUCACACCGUUGAUCGUCAUAUUGAGCCCGAUAUGGGUCCCGGUGGCCACCAUCCUCUUCUUCGCCAUUGCCGGGUUCUUGUCCGUGUGCGGCUUUGCAGUGUCAGCGGUGGCCGGUCUCUCUUGGAUGUACAGGUACUUCCGGGGCUUCCACCCUCCCGGUUCGGACCGGGUUGAUUAUGCCAGAAGCCGAAUUGCCGACACGGCGAGUCACGUGAAAGACUAUGCGAGGGAGUAUGGUGGGUAUUUGCAUAGCAAGGUGAAAGAUGCAGCUCCAGGCGCCUGAGGGAUAUUAUGUUAAUUUUCUUCUGAAUGUGUUGGGUAAUAGUAAUUUUUUAUUUUUAUUAUUAUUUUUUUUUCCAUCAUGGUUGUAUGAGAGUUUGGGUGGUUUUAAUUUAAAUUUUUUUUUUUUCCUUGUUUGCUGAUCUGAUUGGAGCGUGCAUGGGGACUGAGUUUAGAGGUAUUCUUAGUCCCAUGCAUGAUUCAUGAAGGGUAUGAGUAAUAUAUAUGGAGGUGAACCUGCUAUCUUAAUUUAAACUCUAUGUGAUACCGUUCUAUUCCAUA